UAUCGUUUGAUUGGCCUUUAAAAUGGAAACCAUGUGCUUAUUUUUCUGAUAAGUUUGCUCGAUGCUCGUAACUUAAAAAUAAUCGCUUAAUAUGGCGGCAUACGAUUUUAAAAAGAAAGAAGAGGUUGAAGAAUAUUUAAAGAAUCUUUAUAUAGAGUAUCAAUUUGGAUGUUUAAGUGAGAAAAAGCCUGAAGUUUGCCAUCUUUUGGGUGAUUAUUACGAAUCUAUUAAGCAAAAUCCCAAGGAGGCGCUAAAUCUGUAUAAGAAAAAUUGUGACGAACGCGGUUAUGGGAGAAGUUGUACAAAAUACGGCGAUUACAGAAUAAUGGGUACAGAGUGCGAGAAAGAUCCCAAAGAAGCAUUCAAAUACAUGCAGAAAGGUUGUGACAAGGACGAUGCAAGAGGUUGUCUUCACGCAGGCGCUCUUGCGAUAUCUCAAGAAAAACUCGAGCCAGUCAGGGGUAGUCAGAUCUUGCUUGGAAUGAAACUAUUAAAAAAAGCUUGUGAUCUAAACCAGGAGAAAGCGUGCUUCUUUUUGUCAGGCAUUUACUUAAGCGGUAUCGAAGGAUACGUAGAAAAGAAUUUAAAAGAGGCCUAUCAACUGUCAUUAAAAUGUUGCGAAUUUAAUAACCCAUAUGCUUGUGCUAAUUUAUCUAUAAUGCACAAGAAGGGCGAUGGCGUGCAGAAAAAUGCAGAGCUAGCAGAAACUUUCAGGACACGAGCUAAUGAAAUAUUCAAGGAUCUGAAAGAAAAUAAGAAACCAUUGAAAUUUCAUCAGGGGAUUGAUCCUCUGGUGCCAGUUUGUCGGUGUACCAGAAACACCAUGCGGUGCUACCUGUUCACUGCCAGCAGCUCGAUCACGGCUAUACUCGCUGUCGCGUUCCUCGGCCAUAGUGCUGUGGUGGCCGGCGGCGAGUCGAACGCAGUGAUAAAUGUGGGAGUUUAUUACGAAUCGCUGUGCCCGGAUAGCAUGCGGUGGAUCAAGCAGCAAUUAUUGCCGCAAUACGAUGUAUUGAAAGAUUACAUCAGAGUCACUUUCGUUCCCUACGGGAAAGCUUCGCAUUGGAAAGAUCCAAACACCCAAGAAUGGCGCUUUAUGUGUCAGCACGGAGAAUCUGAGUGCAAUGGGAACAAGGCUCAGGCGUGUGGUAUUCACGCGAUUCAGAACGGAGAAGCGGCCGAUAAGGUUCAACAACUUACCGUGGCGCUAGUUGGUUGCGCAAUGACCUCGCGGUUUCCGCCAUCCUCUCUUUCACAGUGUUCGAAGAAAGUAGGAUUGAGCGAGCAGACCCAAGCGAAGAUGGACGAGUGCGUUAAGAGUUCUCUAUCGGACGAUCUGUUGGUCGCGUAUGGCGAGAAAACGAAAGAGUUGGCUACGAGACUCUCUUUCGUCCCAACGAUCACGAUCAAUGGGGACUACUCGAGAGAGAUACAAAGCAAGGCGCUGAAUAAUUUCUUUAAACUAAUUUGCGACACACUGACGGAGGGGGCGAAACCGUCCGAGUGCAGCACAGCUUGAAAAUAAACCGUUGCUCAACCCUAUCGCCGCUAAAACAUCUCUGUAGUGGGUCACGUUGCUUUUUAUACAAAGCUUGCUGCGGCUUGUCGUCGUUACGAUUCGCGCGAGGGGCCAUUACAGUAGGUUAACAAGCUCGAUAUAGGAAAAAAAGAGAAGGUGGUUCUUUAGCCGUUAGACCGAUCCGAUUAGCUCGGAUUGGUCGAUUUAUCUAAUUUAGUUGACUCGAAAUAUAUCCUUCCAAGUUUUUACACCAGAUUUAUCAAUCAACUGUAACGCGGUUAGUCAAUCGACGAACAACGAAUUAGGUAUUUCCAUUUUACAAUUUUAUCAUUUUUCCUCAAAUAGAAUGUCCGUUUAAUGUAUAAUUUGCAAAAUUUCAUCGGUUUUACUAGCAUGUAAGUUCGUUAACGUAAGCAACGGGGUACUUAUUAAUAUGGAUAACUCGUGACUCGUCGAGUCUCGAUCGUUUAAAAUUUUAUAAAUCACGAGAGUAUUCUUGUUAUUCUUAUUAUUAUUAUUCAAACUUAUUCGAACGCUUUGAAAUCGAGUAAUUCGAUUUAAAUUACUACGAACGAGGGCUCGUUGUUCGUAACACUUUCUACGAACGAAAAUAUUACGAUGUUGUAUUUUGCAUAGAAAUAUUUGUAUAGCGAGUCGUUUUAUGGUAUCGUAUAUGGUGUAAUAAGUUAAAUUGUAAUCGAAUAAUCGUGUGGAGAAAAAUUGUCGCUGUAUCUGACUCGAUGUACGACGAAUAAAUAAAAAAUCCACGUUUUAUAAGCAUAGACAA